CACCCACGCUCACUCUCUUACCACCGCCCCCCUCUCAUCACCGUCACACCCCUCCUCGUCGCCGCGACAAGCCCCAUCUCACAUCACAGCGGCGUCAUCGCAUUCCAUCGCCACGAUGGGUGACGAAGUGAGCAUCGACAAGGCCAGCUUCCACACCCGCCUGUCCUCGCUCAUCACGCAGUGGAAGGCGGACAAGCGCAGUGGCAACAAUGUCUUUGGCGACGUCGGCAGCAUCGUGGUGGUAAUGGGCAAGAGUGACGAGGCACAAUCCUUCCACAAAACCAACGCCACCCAGUUCUGGCUGCUGGGCUACGAGUUCCCCGCUACCCUCUUCCUCUUCACCCUCGAGGCCAUGUACAUCGUCACCACCAAGAAGAAGGCGGCGUACCUCGACGUGCUCAAGGACGGCAAGAUCCCCAUCGAAAUCAUCGUGCGUGGCAAGGACGCCGAGGAGAAUGCCAAGCAGUUUGAGCGCUGCCUGGAUAUCAUCAAAAACGCUGGGAAGAAGGUCGGCGUGCUCACCAAAGAUGCUUCCACCGGCCCGUUCGUGCAGGAAUGGAAGACUGCAUUUGGGGACAUCAGCAAGGAUGUGGAGGAAGUCGACAUCGGCCCCGCACUCUCGCAAGCCAUGGCGGUCAAGGACGAGAACGAACUGCGAGCCAUCAGCAACGCGUCACGUGCUUCGGCCAACGUGAUGCAGGACUACUUCAUCGAUGCCAUGUCGAACAUCCUCGACGACGGCAAGAAGAUCACCCACAAAGCCCUCUCGGACCGAGUCGAGGGCAAGCUGGACGACGACAAGUUCUUCCGCGCCAUGAAACUGCCGGCGAACUUCGACGCUCUUCAGCUGGAUUGGAGCUUUCGGCCGAUCGUGAUGAGCGGCGGCAACUUCGAUUUGAAGAUGGGCGCCGAGCCGGAUGAGAACAACCUGCACGCGGGCGUCAUCGUCUCUUCGCUGGGUAUGCGAUACCAGAACUACGCCGCCGCGGUGGCACGGACGUACCUUGUCGAUCCCACGAAAGCGCAAGAGAACAUGUACAAGCUGCUUCUGAACGUGCACGAGACCGUCAUCAAGGAGAUGCGCGAUGGCGUCGUGGCCAAGGAUGUCUACGCCAAAGCCCUCAACCUGGUAAAGGCAAAGAAGCCCGAGCUGGAGAAGAAUUUUGUGAAGAAUGUCGGUGCUGGCAUCGGAAUAGAAUUGCGCGACAGCAGCCUCGUUCUCAACGCCAAGGAUACGCGGACGCUCCGGGAUGGCAUGACGUUCACCGUCACCACCGGCUUCUCCGACCUGGAGAACAAAGAGGCGACCGACAAGAAGCGUGACGGCACGUAUGCCCUCCUGCUGACGGACACGGUGCGCAUCACCUCCGGCAACGAUGCAUACGUCUUCACCAAGCACGCGGCAACGGACACGGAGACCACGUUGUUCUUCUUCAACGAUGACGAGGAGGAGGAGAAGAAAGAGAAGCCGAAAGCGAAGAGGGACAACCGCACGGCGAUAGCAUCGUCGAACGAGCUCAAGACCCGCACUCGUGGACAAGGCCAGGCCACCGUGAAUGAGGAAAAGGAGAACGCCCGUCGCGAUCAUCAGAGGCAGCUGAGGGCCAAGAAACAUCGGGAUGGACUGGACAAGUAUCGUGAAGGGCACGGCAACUUGAACGGGACGGAGGUGAAGAAGUUCAAGCGGUUCGAGUCGUACAAACAACACAACCAAUUUCCCUCACGAACUCGGGACUUGAUGGUGGUGGCCGACCCAAAGACCAACUCUAUCCUCGUGCCGAUCAUGGGCCGUCCAGUGCCCUUCCACAUCAACACCCUCAAAAACGCGACGACGAGUACCGAGGGGGAUUUCUGCUACCUCCGCAUCAACUUCCUCUCUCCCGGCCAAGGCGUGGGACGCAAAGACGAUCAACCGUUCGAAGAUCCAGCGGCCCAGUUCAUCCGCUCCCUGACGUUCCGUAGCAGAGAUGUGGACCGCAUGGAAGGCAUCAAGGACUCCAUCACCGAGAUGAAGAAAGCAGCCGUGCGCAAGGAGCAGGAGAAGAAGGACAUGGAGGACGUGGUGGAGCAGGACAAGCUGAUCGAGAUUCGCAAUCGCCGUCCCAUCCGCCUGGAAAACGUCUUCAUGCGUCCGGCGAUGGAGAGCAAGCGCAUCAGCGGUGCGGUGGAGAUUCACCAGAACGGUCUCCGUUAUCACCAUCUCGGCGGCGGUCAGAAGGUCGAUUUGCUGUUCAGCAACGUCAAGCACCUGUUCUUCCAGCCCUGUGUGGGCGAGUUGAUCGUUAUCAUCCACGUGCAUCUGAAAGACCCCAUCAUCAUCGGGAAGAAGAAGACGAAGGAUGUGCAGUUCUAUCGCGAGGCCACCGACAUGCAAUUCGAUGAUACGGGCAACCGCAAGCGGAAGCAUCGCUACGGUGACGAAGAGGAGUUCGAAGCGGAACAGGAGGAGAAGCGAAGACGGGCACAGCUCGACAAGGAGUUCCGCAACUUCAGCGAGAAGAUUGCGGACGCUGGAAAGGGCGACGGGCUGUCUGUGGACAUGCCGUUCCGUGACUUGGGCUUCAACGGUGUGCCGGCUCGCAGCUCCGUGACGAUCAUCCCCACGACGGACUGCCUGGUGCAGCUCGUGGAGCCGCCGUUCCUGGUCAUCACGCUCACCGAGAUCGAAGUGGUGCAUCUCGAGCGAGUGCAGUUCGGGCUGAAGAACUUCGACAUGGCGGUGGUGUACAACGACUUCACCCGCCAACCCACCCACAUCAACACCAUUCCGGUGGAGUCACUGGACAGCGUGAAAGACUGGCUCGACAGCGUGGACAUUCCCUUCACCGAAGGCCCGCUCAACCUCAACUGGCCGACGAUCAUGAAGACCAUCAUCUACGAUCCGCACCUCUUCUUCGCAGAAGGCGGCUGGGACUUCCUCAACACGCAAUCCGAUUCGGAAGACGAGGAGGAGGAAGAGGAGGAGAGUGCGUUUGAAGUGUCCGAUGCCGAGCUCGCUAGUGGCGAGAGCAGCGAGGACGAGUCGGAAUUCGAUGAUGACGCUUCGGCCGAGGCCAGCGAGGAGGAAGUGAGUGAGGAGGACGAAGGAGAGGACUGGGAUGAGAUGGAGACGAAGUUGAAGUCGAAGAAAGAGCGUGCGGAGGAAGCCGACGAGAAGAAGGUCAAGAAGGGCAAGAAGUAGAUCCCUCUUUUCCUACCGUCGACGACAGGGGCAUCGAUUGGUCUGCGGGCUUGCGGUGAUUGCUGCAACGGUUAGUAGCAUAUGAUAUCUUAAAAAAAUAUGGAUUUCACGCGAGACUCUCGCGACGUGUUG